AUGGAACAGGCCAAGAACGAAGCUAGGGUUUUAUCGAAGAAAACCCCGUGUGACCCAUGCCGCCAACGACGAGUUCGGUGCGACGGGCUGCUGCCUUGCAGCUCCUGCCAGCGGACCCGGCUUGCCUGCAGCCGUGAAUACGUUCGGAAACGGCGCGGUCCGAAACAUGGCCAUGGAAAGAAGAUAGAAGCACUGAGAUGUAUUCAAUCCAAUGACAAUCAAGAAGAUCAGGAUGCUGGCGAACGCAGGGCAGAUAUCCUAGCUCCGGAAAAUUUGCGACUGCUAAUGCGACGCUGCGUGGACAUCUUUCUACAGCAGAUGUACCCGAUCAUGCCUCUUUUCAGGCCAUCGAUGCUAGUAGAAUGGCUUAGCCGACCGAUGGAGGCGAAUGAACAAACGAUGUUAUUUGCUCUUUGUGCGUUAGUCACCUCCUUUCUGUGUGGCCACAGCGAAUCCAUCCUCGGGUGCGGAGAAUGGGAAUCAGUCGCGCGGAUGUUCAUCAAAAAGAGCCAUGCGGUGCGGUCGGAAUAUGAUUUUGUCGAGGACAGCACUCUUCUCUCUCUCCUUGCGUCUUUCUUUGUCGCAGUGACACACUUUGAAUUGCACAAUGCUCGACAAAGUUGGUUCUAUCUCCGCGAGGCUAUAACCCUAGCACAGGCGCUUGGCUUGCAUACAGACGAAUUCUACCGUGACAUGGACUACGUGAGCGCCUUAUACUGUCGUCGGACUUACAACAUUCUAUUCGUCACCGAAAGAUCUUUGGCUGUGGCAAGGCAUAAAUCGGUCCUUCUACCGCACCCGUUGCUUCUUCCUACCCGCGAGCCGAACGAUCCCCUAGAGGGCCUGGAAGAGCCGCCGGAAAUUGACCACGGGUUCCGCCAGCUUGUACACGUGUACUCGCAGAUUGAUGUCAACUUUCUAUCCUUUUGGAGUGAAAAGGGGACAAUUGGCUCCGCCCAUUCGACGUGGCACCCUUUUUGCUCGCAACUGCUUCCGGGCUGCGAUGUAAUGUCAGACGCCCAGAAAGCUGAUAUAUUUGUGACACAGCGCUGGCUUGAGCUGGUUCUAUGGCGAGCGGCCCUUCAGCAAGGCCUACUACAUUGUCAUCACUUUCUAAAGAGUCAGUGGAGGUUCAUGGGCUGGGGAUCGUGA